AUGCCAAGGUGGUACUUUUGGUGGGAAGGCGGGUACCUAGAACAGCCUGUCAACAACUGCCUGUUUGAUGAAGCGUUCCUAAACAACCUCCCCUCCAUGUCUUCAGAUGCUUCACCUAGCAAAGAGGAGCUUUUAGCGCUCUUACGGCAAGAACGGGAACGAGCAGAGUAUGAGCGGAAGUGUGCAGAGGACGUAAAGCAACGUGCGGAGCAAGCAGAAGAGCAUAAUUGGAAUAUAACAUUUGCAGAAUAUCUGAGAGCUUGUCAUCGCUGCAUAACGAAACCCCUUACUGUUCAGACUAACUGCUUGCUGAUGACAAAAGGCCCUAUCACAAGUCCAGUUGGCUGUGUGUGCCCUAUGUUCCUUCGCCCCUGGGAUUUCUGCGCUGCGCAACAGGCCCUUUUCGAUGAGGUAUACCAGCUUUUCCAUCUGAACUCUGAAGAGCCUCUGCGAGUAUUUCCACCUCUUUUAGUUAUUGAGGAUAGAGGACAGCAAGCAUGCACUUGCCUGUUGGCAAGUGAGUCAGACCUUGUGAGAUACCAGGAGGCAGAAGUGGAGAAUCUGGUUAAAGAAGUGAUUGAUAGGUUGGCUGUCUUACCAGCGGCACAUUGCAGGUUGCUGCUCAGCGGAGGGAUAAUCUUUGAAAACCAUAUGAACACCAUUACAGAGGAGGCGGGACAGACGCUUCGCGCCGACCAGAACUGUGUGUAUAUUCGUAAUGGCAGUGAAAGGAGCCUUCUAUAUGUUAUUAAGUAUAAGGCUGCCCAUAAGCUUCCUGACGCUUAUCUCCGAGCGGGCCUUCGGCCAAUGAAUAUGGUUCAGGAAGUUGUCCAGCAAAUCACCUUACCUAUAGAUGUUAAUGAGAAGCUGCUUUAUGACGCGAAAUUGCUGUCUUGCGCAGCUGUCACACAGCCUUUCGAAUAUAUGAUCAUGAAUGGUCUCCCGUACAGUGUACUGACGAAUGGCCAUAUAAAAGUGGUCCUUCAUGUCACUGAAGAAGAUCUGAUAACCUUGUACUAUUGCCUCCUCGAGCCUAGCAAGGACGUGGAGGCGAAAUUGGAUGAUGGCUAUGGUUUCUGGUACCCAUAUACAGCUAUUGGCUCCCAACUAGUGCUAACAAUAAUAGCGCUCUAA